UUACUUGGCGGGGGCAGAGGGUAGUGAUAAAAGCUAAGAUAAAAGGCGUCGGUGAAUCAAAAGCGACACACAAGUGCAAAGAGACUGACCAUGGCUCGUUUAAUUUGGCUCAUCCUUUUGCUCAUCACUGCCGUUCUGGCUGCAAACGAGUGUUCAACAAAGCUGGAAGAAUCCGAGUUUCAGCUGGAAAUGUUGCAUAAUUUUAACAAAACAAACGAAAAGCUGGACAGAUUGAUGAGAAUCGUCUUUGAUCAGGUUGUGGAGACGCGGAAGGUGGCCGAGGUGCAAAAAGAAGAGUUAAAUAAAUUUUCCAAUGAGACCAAAGAGCGAUUCGACCAACUGGCCGAAAUCGUGGACCAGCGCCUCAAUCAGACGAUGGAGAGAGUUGAAGAGGUGGCCAAUGAAAAUGAGCAGCUCGUGAAAAAUGUCAACAGAAGGUUGGAUAACUUGGAAAAUCAAAUUGACCAGACUUUGGAAUAUUUGAAGCCACAGAAUCAACAGCUGAACGAAGCAUUCAAUGUCAAGUCUGUUGAAAUCGAAUCCUCGUCUGUCCCAGCCAAAUGCAGUCAGGCUCUUUCAUUAAAGACGCUGUCCAACGGCAAGAGGUACCACUUCAAUAAAACUUCUGUAACUUGGGCUGGAGCAAACGAAUUUUGCACCAAAAUGGGCCUCCACAUGGCCACGUACACGGAUAUGACGGACGUCGACGCCGUGUUGGAAGAAGACAAGAAAACCUACGGCGGAAAGGCUUGGUGGGUUUCGGUGAAAAAUCAGGGCAUUGGAAGCGAAAAGGACUUCCGUUGGCGCGACGGGACAAAAUUGGAGUUGGACAGUCCGUUGUGGGAGGAAAAUAUGGACAAGAAAGAGGAUUGCGCCUACACCAACAAUUACGCGGAAGGAAAAUUAAUAUCUUUCCAAUGCUCAGGCUUCAGUUACGCACUUUGCGAACUCCCAAAGGAAUGCUACUGAUUAGUAGCCCAUAGGAAGAUUGGAAUAAAAAGUUUCCCAAUUUUGAUGGAAAUAAAUCCCAAAAGAAAUACUGCUUUCAAUGAUCAAACUAUUUUAAUUAAUCUUUCAGUCAAAAUAAUUAGGUAAUGUUAUUAUUUCAAUUGAUUUGUCUAAAUUUUUAGAUUGAAAUAAAAAUUUAAAAAUUGCAAUAAAA